AUGUCUACUCCCGCUCCCCUCGCCAAUGGCCCUUCGAACCCGCGCAAACCUCUCGAGACCCAGACAAACGCGGGCAGUGAUAUGUCCAUGAUGCUUUUCGUCCAGCCAGACUGCCCGUCCAGGUUUGCCUAUCAGAACCAGUAUCACAUUAAGGGACUUAACGCAGAGGCAUUGGCGAGGGUCUUCCUACCUGCCCCGUCCUGGAUUUUGACUCCCGAGUAUGCGCAACUUCGGUCAGACCCCUACAACCCCUCCAGCUGCAUCUUCUUCAGCCUCAACCUUUCCAUCUACAAUCAACCAGUCAUUGCCUCAGAAUGGUCCGAGCAAUGGUUCUUCAUGAACGGUCGUGUUCACCCGUACGCCCUGACCUGGGAGGUUGAGCAGCGAGAUGGUCUAGAGUCGGAUACUGACCACUUCCCCGCUAUUCCUCCCGUCGUCGCGUUCACCGGCCCUGUUGUCGGUUCCGGCUGCACAAUGCUACGAAAGGAGUCUAUUCCAGGACUCGACGACGUCCAGUUGAAAUGCUGCGGCUUCGUCCAACUUUCUACAUUCGUUGCCCCCGGAAAACCUGAUAAGACACCCUUCAAAGGCUUCCAUCCAUUCCACGUCUUUGUCAUCUUCCCCAUCCAUGCCAAUCCUUGGGCAUCUCUGUGCAAGAAAAUAGUCGAGAGACAGGACACCCAGUUUCAAGCUAACGCACUUUUCACUUGCACGGGCAAAGUUGUCAGCCUACUCGACCACAGCAUCAUAAUGCACCCGCCCGGCUUUAACCGGGACUACGUUUUCAUCGUCGUACCAGAUACCUGGACCUUUCUCGACAGGGCCACAUCCAAAUUGGCCUCCGCAGCCCUAUCACUCUCUAUCCCACCGAAAUAACCGUCCUCUGGCCCUAUGGCCUUUGGGGAUGCCAAAGCUAUAUUUGCCUCUCCACCAAAACCAACGGUUCACCAAUCUCCUCCUGCCCCGUCCACUCCUCCCACGUCUGCGUCGCUCGAACCGAGCACACCACCGACGAAGCGAACAAACUCUUACUGCAACCAGACCCCUACGAAGAAACGACGCCUGUCCCCGGCCUCUUCCAGUACCAUUCCCUCUUCUCAGAGCAAUGAGCCAAUCAGAUCCCUCGCCGUUUCGGCUUCCACACAAGAUGAGCUUGAUGUAUCAGAGGCGGAUGUUCCCACUACCUAUCGUCCAGAUCCGCCCGCAUCCGAUUCAAUCACAGCCUUCUCGUCAGACUCGCCCCGACCACAUCGCAACCGUCAUCCCCCAAAGAAAUAUCAGGAAGUUGAAUAAGGAUCCACUCAAAAAAUCCCCUUAUUGUAGCAACAAAUCGUCACUCCGUACAGCAACAAAUUGACUGAGAUAUCUGUUUAUCC